AUGACUGAAUCGACCAGGCUGCAUAUCACUCCUUUCACCCCUGAGAUCCUUCCAUCUGUACUGCCAGCAUCCGUUCGCAGCUUGGCUACAGAUAUUUCCUUCCACGAGAUUACCACUUUCCCAGAGAAUAACUACGGAUACGUCACUCUGCCAAAAAUGGAGGCAGAGAAGAUCAAGAAGAAGCUCAAUGGGUCGAUUCUGAAGGGCAAGAAAUUCAAAGUGGAGGCGGCCCGUCCUUCAAAGAGACACCGAGAGGAAGAAGAUGCGGUGCCCGAAGCUCCUUCAAGCGUCAAGAAAAAGUCCAAGAAGUCCAAGAAACAAGAGCCGGAAAAUGGUGUUCUGGAUGGCUUUGAACUCCCAGCAGACCGGAAAGUGAAGAGAGGUUGGACGGAGACUAGCGAUGCCAAGCAAGAACGACGCAAGUCCGAAAAGAAAGAGAAGAAGGACAAAGAGAAGAAAUUGCAGCCGAAGUCCAAGUACACCGACAAAUCCGAGUGCCUCUUCCGAGCAACGAUCCCGCCCAACCGGGCAUCCGACCUAGCCCCCGAUGACAAGAAAGCAAAGAAGAAGAAGGCUCUCAAGGACAACGUUGUUCAUGAGUUUGCGAAAACGGUGACGCAGCCAAGCUUCCUGCGCACUGCAGAGGAAAGUGCAGUGCCUACAGCUACGUUUGAGGAAGGAAAAGGCUGGAUUGAUUCUACGGGGAAUGUGAGAGAACCUGCGAACGAGAAGAUCUCCAAGGACAGUUACCGGCCUGGCAAGAUUCCAGGAGCCAAGGAGAAGCGCCCGACUAAGUCGGCCGCAAAAGAGACGAAAAAACGCCCGACGAAAGAGGUCUCUCCAGAGGUCUCUUCGGAGUCCGAAGAUUAUACCUCAUCAAGUGGCUCGUCUUCGGAGGAGAUCAGUGUUUCGGAAAGCGAAGUAGAUGAGGGGAAAGAAGACGAUGCCAAAACACAACUCCAACAAAAGACAGCCAAGUCGGAAAGUGACAGUGAUGCCGACGCGAGUACCCACGACAAGACACCGAACCCUUCAGCCUCGGCCGAGAUGGCCAUUGAGCCUGUGCAAGAGGUAGAACCGGACACACUUGUCAAGGAAGUCCACCCCCUCGAAGCUCUUUUCAAGCGAGCUGCCCCGACGGCAUCCGAUGAUCAGCUUGCGCCAGCGGCCGAGACUGGCUUCAGCUUCUUUGGUAACGACAUUGAAUCCGAGGAUGAGCCCCAAGUGGCCGAGCCUCAGACACCAUUCACACCGUUCACGAAAAACGAUCUGCAAAACCGAGGUCAGCGCAGUGCAGCUCCCACCCCCGACACCACUGCUGCCGCUAGGCACAUGACGUGGAACGAGAGUGAUGGUUCGGAUGACGAUGUGAUGAUUGACAGUCCAGUCACAAAGUCUCGCCUGGCAGAUGGUGAAGAAAAAGAAGAAACCGAGUUCGCGAAAUGGUUUUGGGAAAAUCGUGGGGAGAACAACCGUGCCUGGAAGAAGAGACGACGUGAUGCCGCCAAGGAGCAGAGACAGAGAGAUAACCGGAAAAAGGGACUCAAGGGGAAAUCGUGA